AUGACAAGAGCACCUCAUGCAUCGCACUACAGUCAGACCACCAUCCCCAAUACAGGUGUAGUAACUCUUGUGGUUGCGACAUCAUUCUGCUCUGUUAAUAAAGUCCUAAAUGUGAAGCAUUCUACGGACGCUAACCUACGCCGCUCUGGCGUGAUAGAUGUUUGCGUUAUAUUCUUUGGCGACGGCAAGUACUCACUCCGCCUUGCUCCACUCACCGCAGUCAUGAGACGAAUAUCUUAUACAAUUCAUAGAGGGUUACACGAUGCGUGGUGCAAUUAUCCUCGUGCACUUCCACGAAAGCUUGGGCAGGGCGGGAUGAGCAGUCGUGAUUUAUAUGGGACGCGCCCGUCCGCAUUUUCAUCCUCAGAAUUGACUGGGACAGAACUCGUUGAAGACUUGCAAGAAUUGAUUAAAAGUAAGAAAUCUCGACUUCAUGAUGUGGAUACCGAUACUAUCAUCGUUAUGAAGGUUCUUUGCGACAUCAAUCUGGAGUCAGAGUGUGGGCACUUGGAAAUUUUGGAUCACGAAGUUCGGAUAUACCUCUCGGAAGUGUUCAAGACUCAACCCAAGCGUAACCAUCUCUAUGUCGUCAUUGACGCUCCUGAAAAUGUGGUUACUAGACUUGUGAUACUAGAUAAUGAGUUGCGCUCUCCUUAUCUCCGGGACUUCCUGGAUGAAACACCCCAAAACGUGAAUCCCAUGCCAAGGUGUUAA